AUGAAGGUCAUGGGAGAAACUCAUGAAGGAAUCUGUGGAGCUCAUCAAAAAGGAAGAAAAAUGUGUUGGCUAAUUAGGAGGUAUGACUACUUCUGGCCAACUAUGAUGAAGGAUUGGAUUGCCUAUUCCAAAGGAUGUGAGGCUUGUCAAAGGUAUGGCCCAAUCCAACAAGCUCCUUCAAUUCCCAUGAAUCCAGUAGUCAAGCCAUGGCCAUUCAGAGGAUGA